AUGGCUACAAACACGGACGAAGUUGAUCAAACCCAGUACAAUUGUGCAGGAUGCACGGCUGCGGAUCAUGAGGAGGAUAUGGUAGCUUGCGAUAGAUGUAAUCGUUGGUACCAUUACUCAUGUGCAAAGGUUGAUGCAACAAUCAAGCACCGUAAGUGGCAAUGCAAGGAAUGUGUGUUGUCGACUACUAUUAGCGAGGUCAUAUCGGUGUCGGGAAAAUCUGGUAAUAGCUCUCGAUCUGCGCGGGUUCAGCUACAGUUGCUGCAUAUUGAAGAGGAAAAAAAGGUACAAGAAGAACUAUUGGCGGAGAAACAAGAACGCGAACGCGUUCGUCAGCAAAACGCUUUGCAAGAGCAGGAAAAGCUACUGAUGGAAAACAAAAAGGAGAAGCUGCUAACCGAGAAGCUGGAACAGGAACGUAUUCUGCAGGAGACGGCCUUGAAGGAAAAAAAUGAGCUUCGAAAAAAGUACUUGAACGAAAAAUAUGCUGCACUCAUCAAAGCCGCAGCAGAAGAAAAUGGAAGUGAAUGUCGUUUUAGCCAAAUCAGCGGUUCGAGUAAAGUGAGACUCUGGAUAGACACUCAUAGGAAGCAGUUGGCUGGGGCCAAAUUCGACGCCGAACCAGUUCCAGUGACCUAUCCAAUCCCCUCCAAUGGUAACGAACAGAAGGGUGCAAAUGAAGGGAAACAAUUACAGCAUGCUGACGCGCUGACGCAGAGUAAACCUUCGGCAGAGGAAAUUCCGAAGUAUACUGGGACGAUAAAGAAGGUACCAAUUCCACCAGCAAAGGUCACGUCAACGCCGGUUAUUAAGAAAGCGAUAGAACCAGCAGCAAGAUCAGUGCAAGUGCAUCGGUCAGAUGCACCGCAAGUAGUGUUACGCUCAAAUGUUGAACCAGAACAAAUCCAACAGCAAAAAUAUCAAACAGAAAAUCUAAAUCGCGAAAGUGUAGCACCGCACCCUAGGCCAGUCGAUAGACCAUUUGUACCACAUCAUACAAUUAAUCAAUCUGAUUCCAACGUACAGUUUCAACAACAAUUAGCUGCCAGGCAGGUGGUCCCUAAGGAGUUGCCGGUGUUCACGGGAAAUCCAGAAGAAUGGCCAUUGUUUGUGAGCAGCUACCGAAACUCGACAAGCAUGUGCGGUUAUACUAAUGCGGAAAAUUUAAUGAGACUGCAAAGGUGUCUGAAAGGUGCAGCCAUGGAAGCAGUACGGAGCAAUUUAUUAUUGCCAUCUUCCGUUCCUCAGGUGAUGGACACAUUAGAAACAUUGUUCGGGGGUCCUGAACGACUGGUCCAGUCAUUACUCAACAAAGUUCGAAAGGCACCACCACCGAAGUCUGAUAAACUGGAGACUCUUAUUAAUUUCGGCUUAGUGGUUCAGAAUCUCGUCGGGCAUUUGAGAGCGGCUAAUCAACAAGCACAUCUAACUAAUCCAACGUUAUUACACGAGCUAGUGGAAAAGUUACCAGCAAACAUUCGUCUGGAAUGGGCAAUGUUCAAGAGGCGCCAAACUAUAGUCGAUCUUGGUACUUUCUGCGAGUACAUGACGUCGCUUAUAUCAGCAGCUUGUGAGGUCACUACGUUCUGUCCAGAUCCCUCCAGACCGGGUCGAAAUGAUAAAUCAAUUCCUCGGGAGAAAGUGUUCAUGAAUACUCACUCGCAGUACGACGCAAGUAAGAAGGUUGAUACUGUCGAUAAUUUGGGAAUUUCGGCUGCACCGAUGCCAGAAAGUGAGGAAGUGAAACGCGCAAAGGAUAUUCUUCGAAACACAACAGUGCGACUGGACGAUGGUCGAUUCGAAACUGGCCUGCUCUGGAGGACAGAUAAAGUAGAAUUCCCGAGCAGUUAUUUUAUGGCAGAGCGGAGAUUAAGAUGUUUAGAACGCCGUUUGGAUUGCCAACCGGAAUUACGCGCUAAAGUGGAGAAACUUAUAGACGAGUUCCAGAUCAAAGGAUACGCCCACAAAGCAACCCCUUGUGAAAUAGAAGAGGCUGAUCCAAAGCGAACGUGGUUUUUACCGAUCGGCAUCGUUAUCAAUCCUCGUAAGCCCGAUAAAGUGCGGAUAAUCUGGGAUGCAGCAGCGGAAGUAAAUGGAAUCUCCUUCAACUCUAUGCUGCUGAAGGGCCCGGAUCUUCUGACAGCUAUAAAUGCCGUUCUAUGUCGCUUCCGACAGCGCCGUGUGGCCGUCGCCGGAGAUAUUAGGGAAAUGUUUAUGCAGCUCAGCAUGCGUCGGGAUGACCGUUUCGCUCAGAUGUUUCUCUUUCGUAAGGAUAGGUCUAUGCCUCCAGAGGUCUACAUCAUGGACGUGGCGAUUUUCGGUUCCACUUGUUCACCAUGCGCCGCACAGUAUGUGAAAAAUAAAAAUGCAGAAGAAUGGAGUAAGCAGUUUCCCGACGCAGCAGUAGCUAUCGUCGAAAAUCACUACGUGGACGAUUAUCUGGAUAGUCGUGAUACGGAGGAAGAAAUAAUCCGGUUAGCCACCGAGGUGAAAACCGUGCACGCUAAAGCAAAGUUCGAAAUUCGAAACUGGAUGUCGAAUUCCAAGGAAGUGCUUAAAAGGAUUGGAGCAGAAAGUUUGGAAUCGCAGAAAGAUUUAUCGGUGGACAAACAAAACAAAACAGAGCGUGUCUUAGGUAUGACGUGGAGACCCGACGAGGACAUAUUCAUGUUUUCAUUCGUGUUACCGGCUGAACUACAGCGUUUAUUGUUGGGAGAAGCUCCACCCACGAAGAGGACCAUACUGCGCCUGGUCAUGUCCCUAUUUGAUCCACUCGGUCUGAUUUCCCAUCUGUUAAUACACGGUAAAAUCAUAAUCCAAGAACUCUGGCGAUCUGGUGCGGAUUGGGAUGACGAGGUACCAGAAACCAUCCUGAAACUCUGGGAAAAAUGGAUUGACAAGCUACAGCAUUUAAAUGAACUUCGAAUCCCUCGCUGUUAUUUUCCUGGAUAUGACCCAGCCAGCUACAAGUCAUUGGAAAUACAUGUAUUUGUCGAUGCUAGUUUGGCUGCGUUUGCGUGUGCCGGAUAUUUUCGAAUAGUGGAUCGUGGUCAAGUCCGCUGUAUUCUGGUGGCUUCAAAGGCUAAGGUUGCUCCUGUGAAACCAUUAUCAGUACCCCGUCUUGAACUUCGAGCCGCAGUAAUGGGAGUACGCUUACUAAAGUCCAUUGAAGAAAAUCAUACGCUUCGUGCAACUCGUCGAUUCAUAUGGAGCGAUUCCAGUACCGUUCUGUCAUGGAUUCGCUCGGAUACUAGGAAAUAUCGUCAGUAUGUUGCUGUUAGAGUUGGAGAAAUAUUAGAAGAAACCAGCGUAGGAGAAUGGAAAUUUGUUCCAGGAAAACAGAAUGUAGCAGAUGAAGCCACAAAAUGGAAUAAAGGCCCAGAGUUAAAGUCGACUUCUCAAUGGUUCGGGGCACCAACAUUUCUCUACCAAUCGGAGGAGUUCUGGCCCACGGAAGAGUCGCAAGAUCCUAUCGAGAUUGCAGAAGAACUUCGACCAGUUCACGUUCAUCGGGAAGUAAUACGGUCAGGGACAAUUGAUUGUACCAGAUUUUCCAAGUGGGAGCGACUGUUGCGUUCAGUGGCCUACGUGUAUCAUUUUAUCGAUAUGUGUAGAAGGGAUAGGAAUAACCAAGCAUUUCCUGACAAAGCCUUGUUGGUGAGCGAAGAUUUUGAACGUGCGGAGCGAAUGCUUUGGCGAGAUGCUCAAGCUGAGGAAUACGCGGAUGAAAUUGUUGUACUGGAGAAGCUGCAGCAUGCAACCGAUUGCACUGUAAUUAAAUUGGACCCGAACAGUCCCUUAAGAAAGCUUUCACCCUUUUUGGACAAUAAUAAAAUUGUUCGAAUGGCAGGAAGAAUUGAAAAUUCACCGUACGCGACGUAUGAUGCGAAAUAUCCGAUCAUUCUUCCAAAGAAUCACACCAUUACGAAGUUGAUCAUCGACUGGAAUCAUCGGAAGUAUGGCCAUCAAAACUCAGAAACAGUUGUGAAUGAAAUGCGGCAAAAAUUUCACAUUUCUGGACUUCGCUUAGCGGUUAAGAACGUCGUGAAACAAUGCAAAUGGUGUGCAAUACAAAAGGCUAAGCCACUAGUACCACGAAUGGCAGCUCUCCCUGAGGAACGUGUAACUCCAAAUGUGCGACCGUUUACCCACGUUGGGAUUGACUACUUUGGUCCAUUUAUGAUUAAAAUAGGCCGUAAGCAGAUCAAACGUUGGGUGGCAUUGUUUACGUGCCUAACGAUCAGAGCAAUACAUCUAGAGGCUGUAAGUUCUAUGACAACGGAAUCCUGCAAGCUGGCCAUAAGAAGAUUUGUCACACGACGAGGUGCGCCUCUACAGAUCUUCACGGAUAACGGGACCAACUUUGUAGGUGCUAGUCGAGAGCUUGCAGAUCAGAUCAGAGGGAUUAAUAAUGGGCUCGCGACAACUUUUACAAAUGCCGAUACGCAGUGGAAAUUUAUUCCACCAGCCUCUCCGCACAUGGGCGGAGCGUGGGAGAGAAUGGUGAGAUCUGUUAAGUCAGCAAUGAGAUCAUUAAAUCAGUCGCGAACGCCUUCUGAAGAAGUUUUCCAGACAAUUCUUUGUGAAGCUGAGUCGAUGGUGAAUUCGCGACCGUUGACAUAUAUGCCAUUGGAACCGCCGCAGUAUGAAGCUCUUACGCCUAAUCAUUUUAUUCUACUCAGUUCUAGCGGAGUGAAACAACCUGAACAGCCACCAACAGUAAUGCAAGAUAGUCUACGAAAUGGAUGGAAGCAGUGCCAAUACAUGUUAGACCGGCUUUGGGUAAGGUGGGUGCGUGAAUAUUUGCCGACAAUAACGCGUAGAACAAAAUGGUUCGCUGAGGUGCGAUCGGUGCAAGAAGGUGAUGUUGUAUUGAUACUGGACGAAGGAGUACGAAACCGAUGGAUGCGAGGAAAAAUACAGAAGGUGAUACCUGGAAAGGAUGGGCGCAUCAGGCAAGCAGAGGUUAAAACUGCUCUAGGAGUUAUGCGCAGGCCGGUAGCUAAGAUAGCGGUUCUAGACGUUGCUGAUACUGGUAAAGCUGCGAACCCGGAGCAGCUUUACGGGCCCGGGAAUGUUACGGCAGGCGUUACGACCAAUACGCUAGCGUCGUAUGUUACCGAAGGGCACGCUGGUAAAAUGAGAACUGGGACCGGGAUCAGCACACAGUCAUAA